GCAGCGUCCCGUGAGCGAGCCUUUCAGUUGUCGCCAGGAGGGCGAGGGAUGAGGAGGGGUUGUCUUGGAGGUGGCUACCUGGCCUGAGGGAAGGGAAGGGGCAGAUGGCAGCAGGGACGUCUUCUUACUGCCGGGGCGGGCUGCAGCCCCUCAAGGCCACCGUCCCUUUUCAGCUGCAACACCGACGGAGCGGAGAUGGGGACCGGGCAGCUAGUGUUCCAUGUGCUGCUGGCCCCAUCGAGAAGGCCAGCCGAAGUAAACCUCCUCGAGUGCGGCGGACAUCUUCCCUGGACAAUGUCCUUGGAUCGUACCUCUUGGGUCAGUGGCCACGGGACGCUGAUGGAGCUGCCAUAGCACAUAUGAGUGACAAAUCUACCCAGACUCCUGUAUCCUGGCAUGACACAGGGAUGGGGAGAGCAACGGUCCAUAAGCGUUCUGCCUCAUGGAGUAGUGUAGAUCAUCGCAGAGAGAUUGCUAAACUGAAGCAGCAGCUCCAACGAACAAAGCUGGGUGCCUACCACAGCAGAGAGAAAGACCAGAGCUCCCCAGUUCAGGGGGAUCAUACUCUGCUUUCAUCGGCCAAGGCUUCACCACCAGCAUCCUUUCCAGUCUUCGCCACUGUAUCAGCCAGCUCCUGUUUGCACAACAGUUUUGAUGCUAUCAAUCAGGAAUUGGAAGAGGUGUUUGUCAAGGAGCAAGGAGAUGAGGAGCUUCUCAGAAUUCUGGAUGUCCCUGAUGGCCACAGAGCCCCAGUCCCACUCCAAGGAGCCACUAGAGACUCAUUGCUGCCACCAGUGGAGCAUAGCAGUAGCAGCUGCAGCAGCCUUUCUCUUUCUCCGUCCCCUUCAGCCACACACAGACGAUCCCCACAUACUCCUGCUCGCACAGCAGCUGAGGAGCACUCCCCUGGUGUGAUAGAGAAGCCAUUGCUGGAGACAAAGGCAAAAGAAAACAGCAGUACUUCACCAGUUCUUGCCUUCGCUCUCUCUCCUCGUCCAAAUCAUACCUAUGUCUUCAAGCGAGAACCUCCAGAGGGUUGUGAAAAAGUCCGUGCCUUUGAGGAAGUGGUGCCACCAAGCCCAGACCAGCCUUUCCAGCCCUCUUGUCCUGAUAAAAACAAAGUCCAUUUCAACCCAACUGGCUCUGCUUUUUGCCAAUUCAGCCUUGUGAAACCACUUAUUCCCAGUGUAGACUUCCUCUUCAGAGACUUCUCCACUUCUAGUCCUCUGCCAGCAGGUACAUUUUCUACAUGCCAGCCCACUUCCACAGUCCCGGUCCUUAGUUUGCAGAAAGACUCAAGAGGAGACAACUUCAAUGAAAAUCCUCCAUCACCUCCGCUGGGCUUGGAGUCAUGGAAGCGGCAUCAAGCCGAAGACACCGUCCUCUUCCACAGCUCUCUGGUUGCCUGAAAUUUAGGGGAAUAGGGCAGAGCCAAGGCAAAUCUGUGGUCCCUCUAUGACUGGUGGAGAAGAGUGCCUUGAAACCGGGAAAUUGAGCACCCCCAGGUUACAGGUGCUCUCAGUGACAGCCUUAGAAGUGUAGAUUGCCACUAUGUUCUCUUACAGCCACAGCCGGCUUUUCCUUGGACUCGCCAUUCUGAUAGCACUUCCUUUCCCAAUGAGUUUGUGUCAGUUGUCCUUCUGCUACUGCAGUGUCCAAAGAGCACCUACGCUUCUCUAAGGGGAUACAUGCACUAUUCGCCACCAGGCUUUGUCUUUCUCUGCUUGCUUGCUAAAGCAAGAAUUCACUUAUAGAUUUUUUUUUUAAAAAAAGAAAGAUCUUAAGAGUGUCUCUCAGGCUUCCCACAGGAUAGAAAAUAUGAAAGAGUUUACAUAUAGUCAGAGCUAGUGUACACUAGUUUGACAGAUGACUGCAGGGUAGGAGUAGAACAAGGCAAUCAGUUUCCAGGGGUACCAAGUCUGCAAUCUGUGUUUUAAGACCCUCUUUUUCUCUGCUGCCCUUACAGUCUGUGGGACUGUUGUCACUGGAACACAGUCACCGAGAUUUAGAUCCUAAGUGCUUGAAGCAUUUUCAGUUCUAAUGAUCAAGUUGUAAUAGAUAGUUGAACAAGCCGAAAUUCAACUACAGUGUGCCUUUUUGUGAGAGAUGUCUUUAGAUAGAUUCUCAUCUUUUGUAAGUGAGGAACAAGGAAUCAGCAGAGGACAUUAAUUGUUAACUGUCUUCUGCAAAGGGAGACUGAAUCCCAAAUUGGAAUGUCUAAGCUUUUCUACUAAAGCGCAACUAUUUAUGUAACUGGUAUACGUUGCCUUUUUUUAAUGAUUAUAAUUUGGCCAGUUCAGCUGUAUCUUACACUAUUACUAUUCUAACCAUUGAGUUUGGGGAAGCUGCUCAACUUUAACCCCACUUUUAACGCACAAAACACCCCAAAGAUCCCACUUUCACUUCAACAUAGAUCUUGUGCUUACACUUCCACUAACAUCUCAUGUUCACCCCCUCUACAACUGAAAGGCCUUAAAGCUGGUGUUGCCUUGAUUGCAAAAUGUAUUGGAAACAAAAGUGAUUUUUCUUGGUCUUGUUAAGCUUUUUAUUGUAUUGGAAAGUUUUCUUCAACCCAAGAUAGAAACUCUAUUUUCUUUGGAAAACAGUAUUUUUGCAGCUACUUUUUGAAGUUUCGUAAAUUUUAAUGUAAGUAUCACAAAGGCUUAUGGAAGAAUGUUAGCCUGAGGUUCGUUGCCUUUUCUUGAGUUGAGAUAUUUUUUUGGCAGAUCUUGGUGUUUAAACCAAUUAAAAAUAU